AGCUGGAGUUUGCGAGUUUUUGUUCUGGUUAUCGUAUGGUUUCCGAAAUGAUGCUGAAGUUCAGCAAAUUUGAGGAGUAUUUGCGUUUUUAUAAAUCCGUUCGGCACUACAAGUGUUGAAAAUUUUGAUUUGCUAUGGCGGGAUGUGAAAUACGGUCUGUGGGACCCUACAUUCUCGAAGGAACCUUGGGAAGAGGGCAAACCGGGCUCGUGAAACUUGGAAUAAAUUGUGUCACUAAGAAGAAAGUUGCAGUUAAAAUUAUUGACCGCACGAAGCUUAGCGAACAAGUUUUAAGCAAGGUUGAGAGAGAAAUUGCCAUUAUGAAGCUUAUUGAUCAUCCCCAUGUCCUUGGACUGUAUGAUGUUUAUGAGAGCAAGAAACAUCUAUUUUUAGUAUUAGAACAUGUAUCUGGUGGUGAGCUUUUUGACUACCUGGUUAAGAGAGGAAGGCUUCCUUUGGGAGAGGCAAGACGAUUUUUUGCUCAGAUGAUCUCGGCUGUUGAUUUUUGCCACAAGCAUUGUGUUUGCCACAGAGAUUUGAAGCCUGAGAACCUUCUUCUCGAUAAAAAGAUGAAUAUAAAAGUUGCAGACUUUGGAAUGGCAUCUUUACAGGUUGGAGAUAAUGCCAUGCUCGAGACCAGCUGUGGGUCUCCACAUUAUGCUUGCCCAGAAGUCAUUCGGGGAGAAAAAUAUGAUGGUCGAAAAGCAGAUGUUUGGAGCUGUGGUGUUAUCCUCUAUGCUCUGCUUGUUGGAGCGCUUCCUUUUGAUGAUGAAAAUUUAAGAAACCUGUUGGAAAAG